AUGACGACCGAAAACGAAGAUCAGCGACCAGAGAGGUCCGAACAAACGCAUCCUCGUGCCAUUCUCACAAACCCGGAAGCUUUGACCAAUCCGUCUGCCGAAGAUGAGGCAAACGCUAUGCGACCACCAUCUUUGAAUCCCGAUGAAGAUCUUCUCGAAGACUUUCCUCCAGACUCUGAAGAUGUCGACCUGGUCCACUGUCGUAUCACAUCGAUCCCCGCCCUCGGUCUCCAAAAGCUAACCGCCGUCCUGCGUCUCUGCCUCCGUCAAAACGAAAUUUCCCGUAUCGAAGGAUUAGAAUGUAUCGCCGGUACAUUACAAGACAUCGACCUGUACGAUAAUGCAAUCGGCCAUAUGACACGUGAUUUGGAGGUUUUGGUCAACCUCGAGAACUUAGAUCUGAGCUACAAUGACCUCAAACAUAUCAAGAACUUGGAGAAGUUGGUCAAGUUGAAGAACUUGUAUUUGGCGUCGAAUAGGAUCGGAACGAUCGAAGGACUAGGGACUUUAGUCGAGUUGAAGAACCUGGAGAUGGGAGCUAAUAAAGUCAGAGAAAUCCAAAACUUGGAGAACUUGACAAAGUUGGAGGAGCUAUGGCUCGGGAAGAAUAAGAUUUCUGAGAUCAAGAACGUCUCGAUGCUAUCCAACUUGAAAAUUUUAUCCCUGCCUUCAAACCGGUUGACAAAACUGAGCGGUUUGGACGGUCUUAACAACUUGGAAGAGCUCUAUGUCUCCCAUAACGCCAUUGAAGACCUAUCUGGUCUUGAGAACACACCGAACAUCAAGAAUCUCGAUGUCACGCACAACCGACUCACCUCGAUAAAGGGGAUCGAACAUUUGUCCCACAUUGUGGAUUUCUGGGCUUCAGAGAAUCAGUUGAGCUCCUUCAAGGAGGUCGAAGAUGUUCUGAAGGACAAAGCCGAACUGGAGACCGUCUACUUCGAAGCGAAUCCAUUACAGCUCAUGGGACCGGCGACCUACAGGAAUAAAGUCCGCUUGGCUAUCCCUCAUAUUAAGCAGAUCGAUGCUACAUUUGUCACGGCGAAUUGA